AUGGUCAAAGAGGUGCAAUCCAGGGAUUCACCGCACGCAUGGGUUUGUGCAGCACAACAAGGUACUGCAUCACAAGACUUUCUUUCCAACGAGAAGCAUAUCGAAAUGGACUGUCCAUCGAUAAUGGUCCUCGCAACAGCAACGAAAUCAACAGAUGGAGCGCUGCAGACAUCACACACUGAAAACCCCGAUUUCGGACUUGAGAUAGAAGCGGCAGAUGCACCUUUCGAGAACAAUACGGUGCCUCGUGACUGCACAACUUCCCAACUUCAAACCGCAGAGCUGAUCCCAUUGCAUUGCGACGAGCUUCAAGAUCUAUCGCAGCCCACUCUAUCUGGUGAAAAUGUUUUAGACGAUAAGGGCUUUAUUCUGAGCUCAGAAAGCACUCACCAGGCUAUAGACGAGUUGAUUGUUCGAGAUGUCGAUGUCGCAGAAGUCGGAAACGUCAUGCAAGAAAGCAACACAGAGCAGGAGACAGACGAUAUGGUAGUGGAAGAUGUAGAUGCCUCGGAAGCCAAAAUUUCCACCAAACAAAAUGACACGACCGUCGAUGAACUGAACAUCGACGACAUGAACGAUAAUAGCACAAGCAGUGACAAUACGAAUAGCGAGAACAUGGUCGACAGUGACAUGAAUGAUGACGAUACGAAUGGCAACGACACAGCGUUUAAUGCGCAGGACGGGAAGUCCAGACCGGGCCAAAAGGCGCUGAGGCACAUCCUAUAUUGUGCAGGAAUCACGAACUACUGGUCGAUAUCUGUCGACUAG